ACGCACAGCGCCAUAUUUAGGGUCAGCAAGGGAUCAAUGGACCCAGGGCACCGCAAGGCUUUGGUCUCGGAGGGCCUCUUGCACUUCCAUCACGCCGUCGACCUGGCUCUCAUCCAGUACCGCGGAGGGCGUGCAGUCGUGCUGGAGCAUCCAGACACGGCCUCGUCAUGGGAGGACCCCAGAGUGGUCCAGCUGGCAGCGCUACCGGGGGUGCAAGCGGUCUCGUUCGACAUGUGCUGUUUCGGUCUCUCGGUGAACCCCGAGGGCAAGUUGUCCAGGAAACGAAUUUGGCUGUUGACGAACGACACCAUCGUGGUCGAUAUGUUCAGGAAGUAUCAAUGUUCCAGGGACCACGAGUACUUCGUUCUAGAUGGUCAGGCGAGGACUCGAAAAGCACAAGUGUACCCCGAGGCAUUUUGCAAGCACAUGGCCGAGGCCGUGGCCAAGAUCGUGUCGUCCUUGGCGCGCAAAUCGGCCCACCCUGAGUCAUUUUGGGGAUUGAUCUCUCAGAUCAACUCGUUCCCGGUGGAAACGGCGGAAGAAGCGACCCCGCAGGCGGAAGAAGGCGAGAUCGAAAUGGACUCGGAAGAGCAGGGCGUCGACAGGGGCCCUGGAGAUCUCGACCCGAUCCCCGAAGGUAAUGAGGGAGGCGAGGAAGACGAGCCGGACGAAGCUCAGCCUCCCCUCACCAUCGACGCUCGGGUCAAAGAACUGCUGUACAAG